AUGUCCGUGCGGAGACCCCCCUCCACCUCCACCCGGAAGCCGAAGCCUCUCCUCCGGGCGCUCGCGCUCCUGCUCUACGUCUCCGGCUCCCUCUGUCCGGCGGUGGUCGCGGAGCCGCGCAGCCGCUGCGACGACGGAAAGCUCCUGCUGCACAGGGACCUGAUCCCCCCCUCCAAGUAUCACUGUCCUGGGCCGCGCUGGGCUGAACCCCGCCAGAAGCUCGUCAGUGUGGAUACAGCGUUCGUCCCGCAGCCAUCGUCCAUGGUCUGCAUGGACUCUGCCAUCUCCUACAACCACACCAUCCCCAACAGUGGUUUCUACCGGCCGGUGGCAGCCCAGAGUGGGGAAUACCAGUACUGCCCUCCCCAGCGCUGGCUACACAACCUGCAGCUUGGAGCUGUGGCCUUUCUGUACCAUCCGUGUACCUCGGUUGCCCAGCGUGCGCUGCUGUCUGUCCUGGCACACUCCUGUAUGUCCCAUUACAUCAUCACUCCAUUCCCACAGCUGAGCAGGAAAAGGCCACUCGCCUUAGUCGUCUGGGGGCGCACGUUGGAGCUGUCCCAUGUGACCGCGUCAGACAUCUGCGAUUGGCUCAGCAUGAAUGUCCGUGACGGCAUCCGUAGUGAGGUGCAAGGAAAAGUGCUGUACAGCUUGCUGUUGACAAGGGCGUCAGAGUCCCAGGGGCUGAGAUCCCCAAAUCAAGAGGAUACACAGCAGGCUGUGAAGCACUGCUGCGCAGAGACUCUCUCUAUGCUUCUUGAGGAUGGUGGUGGGGCGGAUAUAGAAGGUUGGAAGAAAAAAAGGAGAGCAGAAGUGAUGGUCAGUCCACUGGUGACUGAGGGGACAGUGAAGGAGAUGGAUGGGAAUGUUGAACUACGUAGGAAACGUGCCGCUGUCCUAGGCAACAAGGUGGAAAUGGGAGACACAGGGAAGCUGGAGUCCAACAAAGGCCAGGACAACACCACAAUUGAGGCACGAACAAACUCAAGCCAUGGAGAAACACCAGGGGGUGCUGCAAGAGCAGGAGUGCAGCCUGCCGGAGGACAGGAGAAGGGACUGCAGAACAGCACAUCUGACACAGCUGAAGGAAUCAGAGCACCUGAAUUGAAGGGGAAUGAAGAAGAUGAACAAGGUAAAUCUAAGCCUGGAGACUUGAGGAUGCAGGCAGCAGAGGGACCCUGGAGGAAGGGACUGAAGAGCAGGGAGAAGCAGCUGAAGGAGGCGGAGUCUGACGGGAAGCAAGGUGAACAGCAGGCGGAGCACGUGCCCCAAAUACAAACCAAGACACUUCGGACAGAGCAGCAGGCGCCGCAGAUGGUGGACGAGUCCCGUAAGCCCGACUGUGGGAGGACCAAGGAGGGGGGGGCAGCCGGGGCAGCCGGGCCAGUCCAGAGGGUGCCCACGGCACGCACGGAUGAGGCAGUGUGGGCGGCGGCAGCGCUGAGCUUCCUGCUGGCUCUACUGGCGUUGUCUGUUCUACACACUAGGCUGUACCGCAACUGGCGCAGCCCCCCCAGCCUGUACUGGAGAGACCCCACAGAAGACUACGACAGUGUGGCAGAAGUGAUCCGCCGGAGGCUCAGAAUGGUGGGCCAGAGGAAGAGGAGAGGCGUUGCGAGCCGGAGGCAGGAGUGCGCCUUGCUCCCCACCUCCAGCAGUGAAGACUCGAGCUGAGAGCUUCCCCGAACCUCUCCUCACAACUGCCUGUCUGAGGCACAGUGAGGAACAGCCAGCACUUCCCUCAGACACUCAGUAUCUUUCUUCCUCCAGGGGUCUCGUUUGUUUUGCUGGGCAGGGGUCAGGGAGAGCGCCCUCACCUAGCCCUGUGCUGCAGCCAUACAUAAUAGGAGUGGCCUUCCGCCAUGUGAUUUCCACAUGGAUAUCCACGUGUUGGGGGUGCAGUGGCGCAAUGGGUUGGACCGGGUCCUGCUCUCCAGUGGGUCUGGGGUUU